GCCGCUUUCCCCUUGCCUGAUAACCCCCGCAGGCCCCCGCCGCCUCCCCGCUCCAGCUACCUGCGAAGAGGUUGCGAACCCUCUGCGGAGCGCGGCGGAGGCAGGCCGAGUGAGGCGGGAGAACAUAGCAGGCAGGUUGGCUGCGAAGGGCGAGGAAGACUCGGCGACUGGUUUCUCCUUCGUCGACGACCUCCAAGCAGCGAGGGCAACGCGAGACUUCGCCAGCUCCUCUCGCGAGAUCUCGUUCUUUUGCUACUUUGGGUCCCUCCUCUCACGCUCACACACACCCGCCCCCUUUAAGACUCUCUUGGGUUUUCUCGCGAGAGUUUGGACAAUAUCUCGCGAUAAAUGCCUCCUCUGUCGAAUGGUAUCUUGACAUCCAAGACAUUCCUGCAAACAACAAAUUACCUGGAUUUCCAGACUGCAAACUCAGAUGUGAAGGGGCCUAUUUUUAUUCAUGGACGAACCACAUGAAUGUGAAGCAGACUACUGUAUCGGAGUUCAGCUUCUGAGAGUGCAGUAGCGUUCUCAACACUGCAUCAUUCUCAUCCACAGUUAUGGCAGGGGUGGCCUUGUGUGAACCAACAGAACUGUAUAAUAUGUUGAACCAGUCCACAAAAAUCUCUAGACUGGCAGAACCAAACUAUCUUUGUUUACUUGAUGCUCGGACAAAGAGAGAGUACAAUGAAAGCCACUUGAUGACGGCAAUCCGAGUCAAAACAAAUCCAUUGGGCAAAUACGUGGUUCCUCCAUCUGUCAACCUGGAGUGCGUCCGAUACUGCGUGGUAUACGACAGCAGGACAAACUCGGUGGAGGCUGCUUUCGACAUAGAUUACGAUUUGUACGAAGUGGAUAAAGACCUCAAACCAUACGACAAGGGAAUCAACAUCACGGAAUUAAAACGUAAACCAGAUCCUAACGAGAAUGCCCUAGUGGGAUCCGCAGCCCGUUGUGCCAGAAUCAUGCAGCGCCUCACCUGCUUCCCGGUCCUGGUCCUGAGAGGUGGCUACGAACUGUUCACAGCUUCCUACCAUUAUCUCCGGACCCAGAAGAUAUUCUGGAUGCCUCAGGAACUAGAGGCAUUUAAGCCCUACCCGGUGGAGAUCCUGCCUGCUCGCCUGUACAUGGGAAAUUAUGUGCAAGCCUGUGACGGCCAAAUUCAGAAGGAUCUGAAAAUCAAAGCCCACAUCAAUAUUUCUGAAGAGGUUGGCACAUUUUUUCUUGAAGACAGCGACAACCUACUUCACAUCCCCAUUCCAGAUUCUCCAGAUGCAAAUAUGUUUCCCUCCUUUGGUGAUAUUUGUCACUUCUUAGACAGUCACAUCCACAAGGAAGCGGUUCUGGUUUUCUCCACCUUGGGCAUAAGUAGGUGCAGCACAGCUGUUAUGGCCUAUCUGGUCCAUUCGUGCAGGCUUUACUUAAAGAAAGCUUGGAACUACGUGCAGAAGUGCAAAAGCAACAUGCGCCCAAACAGGGGGUUUGUGCAACAGCUCUCAGAAUGGGAAAGGCGUGUCUACAUGACCGCGAUCACCGAUAUCUCUGAACCAAAUUACUGACCCGACGGCAGCUGGCAAAGCAAGUCCCUGCAACACCGGCUGGCUGUCUCCAGUGGGAUCUAUGUCGCCCUAGUUUCCGGGUCCUUGUGCUGGUCGAGGAUCAAGAAAGAAAUCUCUGUUUUUGGAUUAUUUGAUCUUUAACCUUUCACUGUCGCUGUCCCGCCGGGUUUGUUAUGUGUCUCGCUGGUUGUUCUCUGCGUUCCUAUGUGCAGAGCUGAGUGGUGUUAGGACUGUUCCUGUUGCUUUAUUCAGAAAUAAAAACAGUAUGCUUUUGUUCACGUGGAGCUUGUCUGUCAAGGCCAAGAAGAACUCCAACUGCGCUUAAAGUCAAGGUCAACAUUUUGAAUUGAGCUCAGAAACGAACUAGCAACCAGAGCAGCUGUUUUAAAUGGAUGAUAUGCGCUCCCCCUGGGUGAAGUUUCCAAGUUGUCUUCCAGGGAAGCCUCACACACACAGAGACUACCGCAAUAAUCCAGUCUGGAAAUUAACUGAGAAUACAGUA